GGCUGCGAGGAGCGGCCGGCGGGCGGCAGCGGCCGGCGGGCGGCGAUGGCGGCGGCGGCGGAGGCCGGUGGCGACGACGCCCGCUGCGUGCGGCUGAGCGCCGAGCGGGCACAGGCGCUGCUGGCCGACGUGGACACGUUGCUGUUUGACUGCGACGGCGUACUGUGGCGCGGGGAGACGGCCGUGCCUGGCGCUCCCGAGGCCCUGCGGGCGCUGCGGGCCCGCGGCAAGCGCCUGGGCUUCAUCACCAACAACAGCAGCAAGACCCGCGCUGCCUACGCCGAGAAGCUGCGGCGCCUGGGCUUCGGCGGCCCCGCGGGGCCCGGCGCCGGCCUGGAGGUCUUCGGCACGGCCUACUGCACCGCUCUCUACCUGCGCCAGCGCCUAGCCGGCGCGCCCGCGCCCAAGGCCUAUGUGCUUGGCAGCCCGGCCCUGGCCGCCGAGUUGGAGGCCGUGGGCGUCACCAGCGUGGGCGUGGGGCCCGAGCCACUGCAGGGCGAGGGUCCCGGUGACUGGCUGCACGCGCCGCUGGAGCCCGACGUGCGCGCAGUGGUGGUGGGCUUUGACCCGCACUUCAGUUACAUGAAGCUCACCAAGGCCCUGCGCUACCUGCAGCAGCCCGGCUGCCUGCUCGUGGGCACUAACAUGGACAACCGGCUUCCGCUGGAGAACGGCCGCUUCAUCGCGGGUACCGGCUGUCUGGUCCGAGCCGUGGAGAUGGCCGCCCAGCGCCAGGCCGACAUCAUCGGGAAGCCCAGCCGCUUCAUCUUCGACUGCGUGUCCCAGGAAUACGGCAUCAACCCCGAGCGCACCGUCAUGGUGGGAGACCGCCUGGACACAGACAUCCUCCUAGGCGUCACCUGUGGCCUGAAGACCAUCCUGACCCUCACCGGAGUGUCCACUCUAGGAGAUGUGAAGAAUAAUCAGGAAAGUGACUGCGUGUCUAAGAAGAAAAUGGUGCCUGACUUCUAUGUUGACAGCAUAGCCGACCUUUUGCCUGCCCUUCAAGGUUAAAGAUUGGGUGUCUUUAAUCUCCAGAAUAAAAAAAAAAAAAAAAAAAAAAAUUGAAAACCAGUUACCCAAAUUAAUAGGUGGGGCUUAGGCAUCUGCUCAGCUAAGUGGCUUCAAGGAGUGUAAUUGGAGUUAAGCAAAGGCAUUCAUUGUUAACCUUGUAAGUACACAUUUGGGGGACGAUUUUGUUUACAGAUGAUUGUAAUCGAAGAUGCACUUUCAGGCUUGGAAGGCAUUGUGGCGUCGGGGGGGGCAGGCUCAGCACCUGUCUGGGAUUCAGGUAACCGAGGCGGGUCUAGGGGUGUGUGUCCUGUAUUUUAUGGAAAAACUCAUUCAGGGAUCCAGCCCCUCAGGGGGCGGAGGGACUGAUAGACUAUUGGAAGAGGCUUGCAUGGACCAGGGUCCCAUCAGUGUGACUGGAAGUCCGGCGGAGCCUUCUGUGUUCCUGUGCCUCCCAGCAGGGAGAGAGUGGAGGAGGAGGCUGCUCCCAGGUGGCAUCUCCCUGCCACUGGGUACAAAGUGCUGCCCUCACCACCCUCCCGCCUCCCCUACUUCCUUGAAAACCACUCUGAUGUCACAACUGAGUGUCUGUUCCGUUUCAGAUACCCAGGGCUGCUGCCCAGUUCUGUAAAUGCAGCCCAGCUAAACCUCUUGCUGUCUCAAGUGUGCAUUUAAACCCAGGUGAUUUGGACUGAGCAGCCGCGAUGGCGUGAACGCCUUCGCUGAACUCAGGGCUGCAGUGCAGGGAGCUCAGAGCAGUGCUGCUACCAAACAGUUUUUAACUUUGAACAACUGUGUCAGGCAAUGGAGUUGAAUCUUAAGUGUGUUAAUAGCUGUGCUCUGUGUCGUAGGGAAAAUCCCACUGAAGGAGCCUCUGUGCCCUGCAGCCAGUAGCACGGCUGAAGCAUGUGUUGGCCGAGGAAUGCCUGUCAUCCAGGUGCCCUGCAUUCGGCAGCGCCGCUGAAGCAUGUGUUGGCCUAGGAAUGCCUGUCAGUCAUCCAGGGCUCUGGGAGGGGAGGGGAGGAGAGUUGUGUCCCCGAGAACAGCAAGUCCUUUACAAACCAUCCAGUCUCUUCCAGUCCUCCCAUUCCCUAGGUUGGGGUAGGGGUUAGAGGCUGGUGGCCCAGGAGGUCACCUGCCUUGCCCUGGAUUCCCUCUUCAGUGGCCAGGAGGAGGACUUGGCAGGGCCACCAGCUCGCCAAGGUUCUGGGCGGGGCUCUGGUCUCUCCUGCCUGCUCCUUUGCUCUGCUGACCUUUCACAGGCCUGACAGCAGACUCAGCAAGGCCAUCCUAGGACAGUCACCUUCUGGCUGGCUCCCUACCAGCACCUUGCCCGGCAGCUUCUCUCUUGGCCCCAUAGUCACAACACUCCACUUGGUCACAAAGACUUCAGAGCAAUAAGGGGCGUCCUGAGCCUUCAGCACCUCCCAGGCCUGGGAUGUCAGGUUUAGAGGGUGCUGCGGAGCAGCAUAAGGGCGGCUGUGCCCAUGAGGCUGGUGGCACUGACGCUGGCUUGGCUAGGUAGGCUCAAGCCGGGUCUGGCCUGGCAGGGUGCAGUCACACCAGGAGUGCAUGGCAUAUCCAGGAGUGCAUGGGAGGUGCAGCCUCAGUGAUGCCUCUCUUGCCGGGUGGGGGCUAGGAGUCCCUAUGUGCCCUGUCUCUAGCCCAUGAGGGGCUGCGGCACUGUCUGCACCAGAGCACAGAUUAAACUCUCAAACCCA